CACGCUCUGCAGCCCGCUCCGCCAGCCAACUUCAGGUCUUCAACACGGCGUUUUCCACAUCACAGCAAUCAAAAUGGCGCUCAUUGUCGAUAAACAUAGACCAAGGUCACUGGAUGCUCUGACAUACCAUCAGGAGCUUUCAGACCGUCUCGGCUCCCUGGCUCAGAGCGGAGAUUUCCCCCAUUUGUUGGUAUACGGUCCGUCCGGCGCUGGAAAGAAGACACGCAUCGUCGCCACACUGAAGGAGCUGUACGGUCCCGGUGUAGAGAAGAUCAAGAUCGAUGCGCGUGUUUUCCAGACGUCGAGUAACCGCAAGCUCGAAUUCAACAUUGUCGCGUCAAACUACCACCUCGAGAUCACCCCGUCAGACGUCGGAAACUACGACAGAGUUGUCGUUCAGGACCUGCUGAAGGAGGUGGCACAGACACAACAGGUCGACCAGUCGGCAAAGCAAAGAUUCAAGGUUGUGGUCAUCAAUGAGGCAGACCACCUUACCAGAGAUGCGCAGGCUGCGCUGCGUCGCACGAUGGAGAAAUACUCUCCUAACCUACGAUUGAUCCUCCUAGCCAAUUCGACGGCAAACAUCAUCGCCCCUAUCCGAUCGAGAACACUGCUGGUCCGAGUAGCUGCACCAACCCACGAGCAAAUUUGUGAGGUCCUGGCAGUGUCAGCGAAGAAGGAGAACUGGCCCAUGGUGAAGGGCUUGCAUAUGAGGAUAGCGCAGGAGAGUGGCAGGAAUCUGCGACGAGCUCUGCUCAUGUACGAGGCUGUCCACGCACAAAAUGAGAAAGUCACGGAUAGCACACCAAUCCCGCCGCCAGAUUGGGAGGCACUCAUUAGCCAGAUAGCGAGGGAGAUUGUCGAUGAGCACACGCCGGCACGGAUUCUCCAAGUGCGAGCAAAGCUAUACGACCUUCUCACGCACUGCAUUCCGCCAACCACGAUUCUCAAGACGCUCACCUUCAAGCUCAUUGCGUUGAUCGACGACGCCCUGAAGGCGGAGGUGAUCAAGUGGUCGGCAUUCUACGAGCACCGGAUCAGAAUGGGCACGAAGGUCAUCUUCCACCUGGAAGCGUUUGUGGCCAAGUUCAUGAGGAUCAUGGAGAUGUACUUGAUGAGCAUGGAGUUGUGAGCAAAAUGGAUAAUACAAAAGGAGGCGUUUAGGGGUUCAAGGCGGUACAUGUCGGGGGCACAUACUUCUUCUACUACUACCGGGCACGCCAGGC